ACCGAGGUUGCCGCCUUUGCCGUUCGGUUGGAUGACCGGAGGAAGCCCAACAAAGAAAAGAUGUUUUGUUCCUUCUGUAAAAAGGACGGACAUGAAAGAAAUAAUUGUUUUAAGCUAACCGGAGAAUAUCCUGAAUGGUGGUUCGCUAACAAAGAAGGAAAGGGACGUGGAAAGCCUCCUGGACCUGUGACUGGGCGUGACAAAAACGGUGGUGCAAAGGGAGCACGUGCGCAUGCUGUUUUGCAUGAAGAAGUGCCGGCAGAAGAAAACAAAAAUGAAAAACCGGAUUUUACUUCCCUGGCAGAACAAUGGGCAUCAUUUUUAGCAUUUAUGAACAAUUCCAAAAAGACAGGUGACACAAUUGAGAAAUUAGCAGGACCACACUUUGAAGACGCAGAUUGGACUGGGUGAACGUCGGGGUGGGGUCUACUAUUUAUGUGGAACUGGUAGUGCACGUGCUUCCUAUGUGGGAGGCUUGGAUGAAGUUGAUUUGUGGCAUCAACGAUUGGGUCAUCCGUCCCUAAGAGUGGUUCGUUUGCUUCCGGUUUCGUUCAAGAAUUCUAGUUAUAUGAAUAAGACUUGUGAUGUUUGCAUGAAAGCCAAACAAACAAGGGACUCUUUUCCUAUUAGUUCGAAUCGUGCUUUGAAUAAAUUUGAUUUAAUUCAUUGUGAUGUUUGGGGACCUUAUCGUGAAUCUAGUACAUGUGGAUCACAUUAUUUUCUGACCAUUGUUGACGAUUAUUCUCGGGCAGUUUGGGUGCAUUUGAUGUCCG